GGGGUCUUCCAUGCUCUCAGUAACCGAUCUCACUCUCCGCAGUUUCUUUCAUUCCCAGUGAUCGGCCAUGGCUCCCGGGAUGAGAAUAGUGUUCGGACUCUUGACAUUUGUCACUAUCGGAAUGAUUAUAGGUGCAUUGUUUCAAUUAGCAUUUUUAUGGAAAUUGGAAGACUCGUACGGCAUGCCGCACUGGCGCAAAGACAAAGAAGCUGAAGUUUUACGUCUUGGAUAUGUUAAACCUGAAAUCAUCAGCUGGUCACCUCGAAUUAUCGUGUUGCAUAAUUUUUUGAGUGUGGAGGAAUGUGAUUAUCUUAGAGCUAUAGCCCGCCCUCGGCUCCAAACUUCUACUGUUGUGGAUUCAAAAACGGGGAAGGGAAUUACGAGUAAUGUAAGGACAAGCUCCGGUAUGUUUCUGAGUCACGCAGAGAGGAAAUAUCCAAUGAUACAGGCAAUUGAAAAACGGAUUUCUAUCUUUUCUCAAGUACCAGCAGAAAAUGGAGAGCUUAUUCAAGUCUUAAGGUAUGAAAGGAAUCAAUUUUACAAGCCACACCAUGACUAUUUCUCUGAUACUUUUAACCUGAAACGUGGUGGUCAACGCAUAGCAACAAUGCUUAUGUAUUUAAGUGAUGAUGUUGAAGGAGGAGAAACAUACUUCCCUAUGGCUGGUUCCGGUGACUGCAGCUGUGGUGGGAGGACUGUGAAGGGAUUGUCUGUAAAACCAAUUCAAGGAGAUGCAGUACUUUUCUGGAGCAUGGGACUAGAUGGACAGUCAGAUCCAAGUAGCCUUCAUGGGGGAUGUGAAGUCCUGGCAGGAGAGAAAUGGUCAGCUACAAAAUGGAUGAGACAGAGAACAACCUCCUGAUAUAUCAUAUAUCCUUUUGCCUCAUUUUAUGAUGUUAUACAUGUAGUUCAGAAAAUACAAGACUUAGCUACGUUGCUGAUUCUUUACCUACAAAUAUUAAGCAUGAUAAAUUGUUCGUA